CAUGGGGGAAAGGAAUUGUUAGUGUUUUGAGUGAAAACGCUCCUCAAAGUGGAGUACUGAUGGUACCGAGAAUCCUAUCAGAAGUCCAGCAUAAGCAGCCUACCACUUCUCAUCAACCAGCCACCAACCCAAAGGAAAAACUUAAAAGUUGUUUUUGAUUCAAGUCUGGAAAUAACUUCUGUUUCUUCAGAGGAUAUUUCCUGAAAACAAUACCAUUCUUUUGGGAAAAUGUAUUCAUAGGCAGUUAUUUGAAUAAAUCCGGAACGGUCUGCUAGAAAGGACGGCUACUUUUCCUUUGACCCCUCGGUGCUAAGGAUGCCGCACGCCCCGAUAACCUAGCCACUGCCAUACAGUGGGAUUGCUUAAUUUCGCUGUCGGUUUAUUUGAUUCGCCGCGCUUUGCGCCCUCUCUCCCGGCUGGAUCUCAGUUAUUGCACGGCAGGUGGCGUUAGCUUUGAUCCAGGAACCUUCAUUUGCACCCGAUCUCCGCACAGCGUGGAGGAGAUUAGAAUAAAACACAAACUGGAGUUUCGGAGAGAAGACAAAGGUAAUGACCCUUCACAGCCGAGCCUUUUCUUCAGGGGAAAACUGCGAGCGGGAGGCUGAAUUAACAGGUACCAUUGCAAAGGUUGGUCUGCCGUGCAGUCUGCGCCCAGUUCUGCAGUGAUGUUACUGGAUGCUCACAGAAAUUCGGAGAAAGUUUAUGUCUGACAGCUAUUUCAACAAAAGGGGAAAAAAGAUUCCAGCUAAUUGCAGCAGAUUUUUUUUGGGAAGCUGUCAAGUAAGAAACAAUUACCAGUGCACAUUCUUCAAUGAAGUAUUAUUAACGCCAGCCAUCAGAAUUCAAACACAACAUACACAUGCGCGACUAUGUGGAAUGACUCUCCAGUAUUGUGAGUCAAGAGCUUGGCCUUGACUAUCAUGAACAAUAUUUGUAGCAAAGGCCAGAAAAGCAACAAUCACAAAGCUUUCACAUCUCUUACUUCCACAACAUGAAUUGACAAACCACCAGACCAUGAUCCUCAGCUGAAUCAAGGCCAAAAGAAAUGCCUUUUAAACUAGAGAUGAACAGGUCUACAGUUAUUGAGAGGAAUCACAAUGAACUACGGGGACCAUGCUUGUGUCCCACCCAACAAGCAAAUCACACUGCAACAGAGAAUGACAGGUUAAUUUUUGAUAUGUUGAGAUGAAAUGAAUAAAGCCUCUAUCAAGACCAACAAAGGUACAGUAAAUACAUCAGCACUUUAAGGCACAAUUAAUAAAAUCAAUCAAUACAGAAUCACUGAAAAUUUGAGAUCUCAGAAAAGAUUUUGGCUAUGGAAGCUCGCCUUGCAUCACAAAUACUAUUAUUUUCUAAUGAAACUGAACUAAAUGAAUCCAGCUGUGGUAAUGAAACAAACUGUGGAUACAUCAUUAAAAACCAAAGUGACAAGCAAUUUUAUAUUAUUAGCCUCUUUCUAUCCUGUUUGUAUACAAUUUUUCUAUUUCCUAUUGGUUUCAUUGGAAAUGGAUUGAUCCUAGUGGUGAACUUAACCCAUCACAGGAAGAUGACCAUCCCGGACCUCUAUUUUGUAAACCUUGCAGUAGCUGAUCUCAUCCUUGUUGCAGAUUCCCUCAUUGAGGUCUUCAAUCUCAACGACAAGUACUACGACAUAGCUAUCCUUUGUACUUUCAUGUCUCUCUUCCUGCAGAUCAACAUGUACAGCAGCGUCUUCUUUCUCACCUGGAUGAGCUUUGACCGGUACCUUGCCCUCGCACAGUCUAUGAAGGCCACCAGGCUCCGAACUCUACAACAUGCAAAGUGGAGCUGUGGUCUGAUCUGGUUGACAUCCAUCCUGGCUGCAAUAAUGCCCUUUGCUGUGGUACAAGCUCACCAUACAGGGGAAGUUCACUUUUGCUUUGCAGAUGUUACUGAGAUUCAAUGGUUAGAAGUCACCCUUGGAUUUGUUAUCCCAUUCUUCAUCAUUGGACUCUGCUAUUCACUAAUAGUACGGAUUCUCACUAAAGCACAGAAGCAUAACCGCAUUUGGCCAAGGCGCCAAAAAGCACUUCGCAUGAUUGUUGUGGCUGUUCUGGUUUUCUUCAUAUGUUGGUUACCAGAAAAUGUCUUCAUCAGUUUUCAGCUCCUACUGGCCACAAAGGAUUCAUCGGUUUCCCUGAAGAACUCACUGGAGCACUACUACCCACUCACACGCCACAUUGUCAACCUGGCUGCUUUCUCUAACAGUUGCCUAAAUCCCAUUAUAUACAGCUUCUUAGGAGAAACCUUCAGAGACAAGCUUCGCUUGUACAUGAAAAGAAAGGCAAGCGUAUCCACGAUUUACCGGCUUUGCAACAACACUUUGAACUGGAACAUUCCUGUAACCACAGAGGAAUCUUUUGCAUAGCAGAUAAUAUCUCUAUAAACCCAGGCUAUUCAGAAAAAGGCACUAUUCACAUUUGACGAUCUUUGGCUAUGAUACGUAAUUUUGGCCAGUGGGUUGUAAGUUGUGUUUCCCCAAGUCAACGACUUCAAGGUGAACUAAUGGAUGCGCAAUAACAGAGUUCGACAUGGAAUGACAAAUCUUUCCUUUUAACAAUCAAAAAAGUUUAUAUGUCUAUGACAGCAACUGCUUGCUUGGCCAAUGGUACUUACCAUUUAAUUAUAAAGGAAGUAUCAAAUAGCACUUGUUAAAGUGACAUACAUGAUAUUUAAUGCACAAUUAUAUGGAAUAAAAAUAUUAAAAUUGAUCAA